AUGAUGUAUGCUGAUAUGAUUUGUGAUGUAAUGCCGCCGAUACCUGAAGAUACCGGUGGACAUGAUCUCGAUCACGAAAGUAUGGAAACAGAGAUUGGCGAAGAAGCUGAAGCGAAUAUUGAACAGUUAAUGGUUUCCAUGCUUGAAGAACGUGAUAAAUUACAAGAAAAACUUCGUGAUACGGAAGAACUCUUGCGAAAUUCUGAACAUAAGUUAACUCAAAUCGAAAAAGAUCGCGAUGGUUUACUACACGAACUAUCAUCGAAUUCUCCGCAGGUUGGUUAA